CCAGUUGGGGCUAUCCGGGGCCAGGCGAAGGACGAUCCCAAAGCGGAAGACGACGCAAAAGGCAAAGAGGAAAGUUUCUCCAUGGACAGCGAUCUAGACUACAGCUCCGACGACAACAUCCCCAGCCAGGCGGCCCACAAGGAAGAGGACUCUGGCACCGCGCUGGAGGAAAACCCCCAGAACACCAACAACUCCAACAACACCACGUCCACGGGCAAAAACCGGAGGAGGCGAACGGCCUUCACCAGCGAGCAGCUGCUGGAGCUGGAGAAAGAGUUUCACUGCAAAAAGUACCUAUCUCUGACAGAGAGGUCCCAGAUCGCACAUGCCCUCAAACUCAGUGAGGUGCAGGUCAAAAUCUGGUUCCAGAACAGGCGGGCCAAAUGGAAACGGGUCAAGGCAGGCAACGCCAACUCCAAGACGGGCGAGCCGUCCCGAAACCCUAAGAUCGUGGUACCCAUCCCGGUGCAUGUCAGCAGGUUUGCGAUCAGAAGUCAGCACCAGCAACUGGAGCAAGCCAGACCCUGA